AUGAGGAAGUCCGUCCAGAAAAACGUUAAAGGAAAACAAGUCAACCUCAAGGUCAAGCCAUCUGUACACGACUUGAGCAAAACUCAUCAGACCAAGCUCACUGUGGGUAGUCUGGGAUUAGGCCUGAUCAUCAUCCAGCAUGGGCCCUACCUUCAGAUCACCCAUCUCAUUGCAAAGGGAGCUGCAGCCAGGGAUGGAACACUCCAGCCAGGUGAUGUUUUGAUUAGUGUUGGCUAUGCAAAUGUGUUAGGUUAUACUCUUCGAGAAUUUUUAAAGCUUCUGCAACAUAUCACCAUAGGAGCAAUACUACAAAUAAAAGUUUACCGAGAUUUUAUAGACAUACCCCAAGAAUGGCAAGAAAUAUAUGAUUUAAUCCCUGAGACCAAAUUCCCAAUCACACGCACAACAAAGAAAACUGAGGAGGCAAAAGAUAGAUCUGUCACAAGCAGUGAUGAUGAUGAAGCUUUCGAUACAAGACUUAAGUACUAUAAAUAUCCACGGUCCACUGGACAUUACCCUGUAAGGAGACCAAUGUCUAUCUCCAGAGAAUGGCAUGGAUAUAAAAAGAAGAACCAUGUAAUGCGUGUAGGAAAAGAUAUUAACUGUGACGUAAUGAUUCACAGAGAUCACAAGAAAGAAGUGAGGGCCCCUUCUCCAUACUGGACCAUGGUGAAGAAAGACAAUGAAAUCUCCUCCUCCUCAUCAGCCUCCUCCACCUCAGAUGCAUUUUGGCUGGAAGACUGUACCCCUGUUGAAAAGGGCAGUGGUGAACCAGUAUCACGAGUUGGUUAG